UCCGACCUUCCUCGCCUCUUUGCACCUUUGCGUUUCUACCGACUGCCCAACGUCUUUACCGGGAGGAAGAAGCGGGUGAAAAACAAAAGCUGCUCUUUCCACGGUCCUGUCCAUUUCUGCAGACUUGUUCCGAGGCCGAGGCACCUCCAAGGUAGUGAUGGCUCUCCAGAGGACCCACGUGUUACUUCUGCUCUUGCUGCUGACCCUGCUGGGGCUGGGGCUGGUACAGCCCUCCUAUGGCCAGGAUCGCAUGUACCAACGAUUCCUGCGGCAACACGUGGACCCUGAUGCGACAGGUGGCAAUGAUGCCUACUGCAACUUGAUGAUGCAAAGACGGAAGAUGACUUCACAUUAUUGCAAGCGCUUCAACACUUUCAUUCAUGAAGACAUUUGGAACAUUCGUAGUAUCUGCAGCACCUCCAAUAUUCAGUGCAAGAAUGGCCAGAUGAACUGCCAUGAGGGUGUGGUGAAGGUCACAGACUGCAGAGAGACAGGAAGUUCCAGGGCUCCCAACUGCAGAUACCGGGCCAUGGCCAGCACUAGACGGGUUGUCAUUGCCUGUGAGGGUAAUCCAGAGGUGCCUGUGCACUUUGACAAAUAGGUGCUCCCCAGCAGGGGUUAUGGCCCAGCAACUGGCCUUUAACUUGCUCCUAAAAUAGCAAUGUGCAAUGCCUUUGAGCUGUCCCAGGCUCUGUCUCCUCUGCUUUUUUUUUUUUUUUAAUAUAUAUAACCCAUUCUGUUAAAUAUAUAGCAUGAAACAGAAAGAUGAGACAAACUUAUAAUGAGUCUGGGGUUUUACAUAAUAAGAUUCCUUUUAUUAGUCAGCUUAGCUCUCAGAUUGUAUCCUCUGGAACUUAGUCAUUACCUAGCACUUUCAGAAUUUCAAGGUGUUUUUAUCUAAGUUACCUCAUUUGAAUACCACAGCACCCUUGGGCUGCUUCCGCUACUGCAAUAUGCAAGAGCCGGAAGUUAAGGAAUUUGCUAAAACCAAAAAGCUAGUAGAAAAUCUGAGACAAAAAUCCAAUUUUACUGGCUACUAAUCCAGGCUUUUUCCACUUCAUCACAAGAAAUGUUUUGAAAGUAUCUGGUUUUUGUUAUUCCCAAAGCUCAGCUGCUGCGGGAAGUGUUAGAAAUUUGGAAAUAUAUACUGACAAAAUGAGAGCUAUAUCUGUAUAAUUUGGCAAGCUUGCUGUGUUUGGGUCUAAUAAGAUCAAGAAAUGAUACAAGGAAUUUUCUUUUCCUCUUCUCAAACUUUUGAGUCACCCUAGUAAAUCAGAGUAUUAAAAUGUACUAGGUCAUUAAGACGCAUUCUCUCUUCCUCUCUGAAAGAUUUUUCAUGCUUUCCUUAUAAUAAGAGAAAUAAAAUACCUUAAAUUUCAGUUAUUUGAAAAGA